AAUGAAUAUCCCUGGCUCUGCGUCAGCAUCUGAUUCAGAUGAGAAUGAAAGUGUUAACUCCUCGGGGAGCAGCUUAUUUAAAACCCAGUGUGUUUCUUCCUCUCCUGGACAAAAACGAAGAAACCCCACUAGUAAGUUUGUCCCCUCACUUGGAGAUGCUCAAACACAAGAUUCAUCGAGUGACUCUUUAGAGCCUAGACCUUUGAGUAUAACAGCAUAUUUCCAAAGAUUGAAAGAAAGAAAGAAACGUAGGAAGCGAAGGAAGUACCAGCCAACAGGAAGACCCAGGGGAAGACCAGAAGGAAGCAGAAACAGAAGAGCUUCUCAGAUCAAAAGGAAACAAAUUAAAGACAAAGAAUUUGGGCUUCCUCUUGGAGAAUCAGAGACUGAUGGGAAAUCUUUACCGUGGCGAAAAAUUUUAUCCUUUGAGCAAGCAGUGGCAAGAGGAUUUUUCAACUACCUUGGAAAACUCAAAUAUGAAUACCAUCUUAAAGAGUCCCUGAAGCAAAUGAAUGUCGGUGAAGAUUUAGAAAAGGAGGAUUUUGACAGUCGUCACUACAAGUACUUGGACGACGAUGGGUCCAUUUCUCCUAUUGAAGACCCAGAGGAAGAUCCAGCACAUCUUGAACAAGAUGAAUGUGACAUUAAGCUGGUGGAAAAGGAGUCUUUCAUAAUAAGUUCUGAAUUACCAACGAAGAUGGUACAAGAGGGGUGGACGGAAGCAGCAUCUGUGUCUAAAAAAAGGACUGCUAAAUCCAAAGCCCUCCCAUUGCGGCCAGAGAGGCCAAAGGAGAUGUGAAUCUGAUCUUUGCACAGACAUCUGACCAUUCUGCCAGCAUAGUUCAGACAUGAGGCUCCACGACUUGAGUGAGUUCUCAGAAUCCUGGGUGAUGUUCCAUCUGAGAAAGACGCAAUCAUCAGGUGCUGGGACCUUCCAGAAAGCUCUGCUGGAUAGAGUAUGGGGCCCGAUAGCCAGGUAGGUUGA